GCGCGGCGCGCGAGAGGAGGCGCCUCCGACAACACGCAGCGAAGGAAGUAAGGAAAUGGAAUGCAACGAAACUGGGAAAGGCACGCCGCGAAGAAUCGAUCAGCUUCGCAGCCACUUACUCACUCAGCCAUUGCAUUGCAAGCUCUUCUCCACCAAUCUCCUGGACUACUCACUCCAUUCAACGGUACCCUCCUUCAGUUUUCGUCUCCCACCCCAGUGCUUCGGUCAUAUCUUGCGCUGGGAAGCGCAUGAAUCGGCAAUUUUUUUUUCCUGCAGUGAGAAUCUACUGCGCAGGAGAUUACCCGGCGAGGGGGUGGAAGGGCAGAAGGGCGAACUACCAGGACAUUCUUGGAGUCAAGCAGCCGCCAGCAUUGUGAGUUUUGAGUGAGAGCUGUGGUGGGUCAUUAGCAUGGCGCGUAUACCUCGCCACCUCACGCUGAAGUUGCUCCGCCGCUCAUUGCUUGCGCCUGCUCGCCCCGCUGCUGCCUUCCCUGUACGUGCGAAUUCGUGGGUUGCAAGUGGAACUGGGUUUUUCCGUGCAGGGCAUUUGGAAUUAGGGUUUUUGGGUCGCGCUGCAGGGAUGGAAGAGUUGCGCAAUGAAUCGUCAUUUAAUUUUUUGACGAGGGAAGCUCAUUUUCUCUCUCGAGAUCAAUUUUUUCGUGCCGGAGCAGGUGCGCUGCAUGGACAUUCAGGUGGUUGCAAUCAUUCCUAUGGUGUCCGGAUCGGUGACGAAUGGCUUCAGACGACUGGCAGGCGAGGCUUUCAUGCAACAGGUGUUCAACAUAUGGCUCGGCAGAACUUUUAUGAAACAUUAGGGUUGCAAAGAGGUGCAAAUCCGAAGGAGAUCAAAUCUGCGUAUUAUGAGUUGGCAAAACGGUGGCAUCCAGAUGUGAACAAAGGAAAUGCUGAAGCGGAGAGGAAAUUUCAAGAAAUACAACAAGCAUACGAGGUUUUGAAGGAUGAUGAGAAACGAGCCAUGUAUGAUCAAGUUGGGCACGAUGCAUUUGAGCAAGCAGCUGCGGGGGGUGCUCCCGGUGGGGGUGCCGGAUUUGGAGGGUUCGAUGAAACCAUCUUUGGUGAUGCUUUUGGCGGAGGCAUGGACGAGAUGUUUAAUGGAAUAUUUGGAGGAGGCAGGGAGAGUCGACCUCAUGUACAGGUUCAGUUGGAUCUGACUUUCCGAGAGGCUGUCCAAGGUUGUUCGAAAGCGGUGAAUUUUCAGACAACUGUGCGAUGUCAACCAUGCAGUGGAAGUGGUUUGCCCCCAGGAGUGAAACCCCAGACAUGUAAAACUUGCAGAGGGCGUGGCAGAGUUGUGAUGCAGCAAGCCUUCUUCGCCUUUGAAUCAACUUGCUCAAAAUGUGGUGGUUCUGGUCAGAUGGUCAAGGAUCAUUGUCGUAACUGCGAUGGGGCCGGAGUUGUCAAGGGACACAGAGAAGUCAGAGUAGAUAUUCCUGCGGGAGUGGAAAGUGGCACAACUUUGAAAGUGCAUGGGGAGGGUGGAGAGGGACCCAAAGGUGGCCGACCUGGGAAUCUUAUGUUGCAAAUUAGAGUACAACCUGACAAGGUGUUCAGAAGAGAAGGAGCAAACCUUUAUGUGGAUGUUCCAAUUUCUUUCACUCAUGCUAUCUUGGGUGGUUCAGUUCAAGUCCCUACGUUGACUGGCGAUGUGUUACUUAAGAUUCGGCCAGGUACACAGCCAGGACACAAGCAAGUUAUGAGGGGCAAAGGUGUAAAAGUUUUGAAUUCGAGACACUAUGGUGACCAAUACGUGCUAAUUAACGUGACUAUACCUACAAAUAUCACACAGAGGCAACGACAACUUAUUGAAGAGUUUUCUGGGGAAGAAUAUGCAGAGCCUGAGCCAGCUGUUGCUGAAGGCAGUGGAUGACGCCAGGUCUUUUCAAGACUUUUCUGGUGGUUUAAACCAGAUUAGAUGUUGGGUAAAAAUGCUUUGUAUGGUUUCGAAGCCGAGAGAAGCUCUUCGCGGACCGUUGCUUCUCCGUGAAGUUGUCGUGUGUUUGAAGCAGUUUUCUUUUGGAGCUGAUGCUUGUUGCAUUUCUACAAGCACUCAGCAACUCUGGCUCUUAUCGGAGAGUUUUUGAAAGUUUGAGGAGACAUAGAUCACAUCUAUUUUUGAUCUCUAUGCAGGUAAAUAGUGGACAUUAUUCACAUUAUUCAAGAUAGGGAUAUUGUAGCAAAGGCGGCAACUUUAAGUGGAUGUUUAGUCACCUCUUCAAUUCUUGGGGUGCUAAGCAUGAGGUUGAAAACUAGAACAGCCUACUGGAGAAUUAGGUGCAGUGAUUAUAGGUGGGAAAGUUCCAAAUUACAAUGAAGUUCGAUGUCUGCUCAAUAUGGUUUGACUUUGAAUACCAGCAUAUUUGAUUGCUUUUGCUAACA